CUGAAUUUCAGAUUGGAAAAAUGAGAAACGGAGAGAACCAAAACUGACUGAUCCUUCCCUAUCUACACCCAGGUGAUAACUGCACCCGCCUCUGAGACAAUGGAGAAUACAAAUAACGUAACAGAAUUCAUCCUCUUGGGGCUAUCCCAAAAUGAGCAGGUCCAACAAGCUUGCUUCCUCUUGUUUCUGCUCAUCUAUUUAGUGAUUGUCCUGGGGAACCUUCUGAUCAUGGUCACUGUGAAGUCCAGCCAGCGCCUCCAUACACCCAUGUACUACUUCCUAUCUGUCCUCUCCUUUGUGGACAUCUGCUACGCUUCUGCCACAGUGCCGAAGCUGAUUGCAGAUUUGCUUGCUGAGAAGAAAUCCAUUUCAUUUCAAGGCUGCAUCACACAGCUCUUUUCCGUACACAUUUUUGGCUGCAUUGAGAUCCUUAUCCUGACGGUGAUGGCUUAUGACCGCUAUGUGGCUAUCUGCAAGCCCCUGCACUACACAGCCAUCAUGAGCAGACAAGUGUGCCAUCAGCUGAUGAUAGCCACGUGGCUGGGAGGGCUUGUACAUUCAAUGGUCCAGACAAUCCUCACCAUAAAGCUGCCUUUCUGUGGGCCCAAUGAGAUUGACCACUAUUUCUGUGAUGUCUACCCUUUGCUGAAGCUGGCCUGCAGUGACACCCGCAUCGUUGGAGCUUUGGUUGUUGCCAACACUGGGAUGAUUAUCUUGGGGUGUUUCCUGGUACUGGUUGUGUCCUAUGCUGUCAUCUUAAUCACCCUCCGCACACAGUCCUCUGAGGGGAGACGCAAAGCACUCUCCACCUGUGCUUCCCACAUCACUGUUGUGCUCCUUCUGUUUGGGUCCUCCCUUUUCAUCUACAUCCGCCCUUCCACUACUUUAGCAGUGGAUAAAGUGUUUUCUCUGUUUUACACAAUCCUCACCCCCAUGUUGAACCCUAUCAUUUACACACUGAGGAAUGCUGAGAUGAAAAAUGCCAUGAAAAAGUUGUGGAGCAGGACAAAGAGGCUUGGGGAGCCAAAAUAAGUUGGGUUAGUUCUUAUAAAUGACAGGUGAAGUCAGAU